GUCGCGGACGCGCCGGUCCCGCAUGAACCUCGACCUGCUGUGGGAGCAUGAGAAGCGGCGCGGGCUUGUCGACGAGAGCGCCGAGCCGACGCCCACGGGCAGCAAGGCCGCGAAGCGCGCCAGCAAGUUGGUCAUCUCGGCCCGCAGCUUUGCGCUGCCGGACGACAAGAUUUUCGAGAAGAGCGGGUUUGCGCUCGACUACGAAGGCCACACGUCCAAGCGCAUGAGCAUCCCGGCAGCGCAGGUAGCGCCAGCGCCAGAGGCCACGCCCAAGCGCCGAGCCGUCGCGCUACUUGGCGACAUCGGUAGCCCCGGCAAGCGGAAGCCGACCACGCCCCACAAGGACGCCAAGCUCGCGCUCACUGCGCUGACGACCAAGCCGCAGCUGACGACGGUACGGAAGGAGCGCGCGAACCGGACGGGACCCGAGGUCACGGACGCGUUCCGACACUACAUUGGCGAUCACUUUGGCACGCGGGGCGAGUACAUUGAGGGCAUGCUGUACAUGUCGCGCAUGAAGAAAUCCCAUGCGAUGCUCUUUGGCCACAAAUCGUCCUUUCUCCUCUCGCCUGGGAACGCGCCGAUCGCGCAGUCCAUCGAUGGCAACGCGCUGAAGGAAGCCCUCGCAGACGCCCCGUCCAUUCCAUCCGUCGAGUCCGAGUCGUCCAAUGCCGCCCGCGUCAAGACGCAAGCGCAACGGUGCUCGUCGACGCUUGCCAAUUGGAGCUCCAACCCCGCGAACGCGCGGCUCAUGGUCGACGAAGGAGUCGUGCAAGCCAUCAUUCUCCUCUCCAAAACGGACGACCUCGCGACGCGCAUUCACUGUGUCACGACCUUUAUGAACCUCUCCAACGUCUCGGACCUGCGCCGCGGACUCAUCAAGCUCGGGGCCGUCAAGACGAUCGUCUCGAUCCUCAACGGUGGCGACGACAAGACGCUCCAGACAGCGUGCGCCUUGACGCUAUGCAAUCUCUGCUGCCUCGAGGGCGACGAGAGCACCUUGGUAGCCGACGGAGCGGUCGGGGCUCUCGCUGGCUUGAUCAACGAGACUGCGUCCGUCGCGUCGAUCUGCGAACGCGGCAUCUUCAACCUCACGUGCGUCAAGGAGCCUUACUAUCAGAUUGAAGUCGUCAUCAAGGCCCUCGUCGCGCUCUCGGCCAGUGGUCACGCUAAGAAGCGCACCAUGCACAUGUGUGCCACGUCGUUCGUGAACCUCUCCAAUAUGAAGCGCGUCCGGUCGCGGCUCAUGGAAGAAGGCAUCGUGUCGGCCAUCACGGCGCUGCUUCGAUCCCAAGAUGCCGAGGUCAAACACAUGCUAGCCUACGUACUCUGCAACAUCUCGGCCAUGCGCUCGUGCCGCGUCGAGCUCGUCACCAAAGGCUCCAUGAACGUCCUCGUCGCGCUCGCCGGGUCGCCGACACUGACGCCGCAGACGCAGUGGAUCAUCGGCAGCACCUUGAGCAACUUUAGCAAAGAGAGCACGAUCCGACUGCGCCUCGUGCUCGAAGGGCUCCUCUCGAUCGUGACGUUUCUGCUUCGGUCGCCGACGUACGAAGCCGCGCCGCAAGCCAUGGCCGAUGACAUCCGCAAGGUGUGCGCGACUGCUGUCCACAACUGCUCCUGCAGCGAAGAGACGCGGUCCAAGCUCGUCGAGCGCGACGGUAUCGCGAUCCUCACCGCGCUCACGGCCAAUGCCCCCCACGAUGUCAAGCGCAUGGGCACGCUGGCACUCUGUAACUUUCUCAUGGUCAAGCAAGCCGCCAUCGAAAUCGCUGCCUCGGGCGCGCUCUCUUCGCUCUUUGAGUUGGCGCAGCUGCCGCACUCGCCGCCGCCAGCGCAGCUCCUCUACGCCGCGGCACUCUACAACCUCUGUCAGAACGCCACGUCACGCGAGUCCAUGAGCACGGGCGGCGGCAUCGCCGCCAUCGUGCACCUCUGCCACGCGAGCUCGCACCCAACGCUGCUGACGCUGUGCACGGCAGCGCUGUGCUACCUCGCGGCAGACGCCCACACGCGACACUUGGUCGCCAACCUCGAAGUCGUCCGCGUCAUCACACGCGCGCUCGCGACCGACGUCAUGCCGAUCCAGCGGUACUGCGUCGCGUGUCUGAGCAUGCUCUCGCAGGACGAAGCGUGCGCCGGUCUCAUCCUCCACGAAGGCGGUGUCGGCGCCGUUCUGGAGUCGUGCGUCAACAGCCGCGACAGCGAGACGAAGGCGUGCUGCUGCGAUCUCCUCGCGUCGCUCUCGUUCCAUGAGAUUUGCCGCGUUCAAUUGGUGCAUCUGGGCGUCUUGCCGUCGCUCACGAAACUCGCCAAGCUCCGGGACCCCGAGAUUCAGCGCCGGUGCGCCACGACGCUUGGCAACCUCGCAAGUGAAAAGGCGGUGCACGACGUGCUUUUAAGCUCCAACAUUGUGAGCGUCCUCUCGAUCUUAAGCAACUCGUACAGCGAAGAGAGUCAGAGCGACUGCGCCAAAGCGCUCUGCAACCUCUCGUGCUCACCGGGUUACGAGGCCAAGCUCGUGAGCGAAGGCGCGGUCGGUGUCCUCUUUAUGAUUUGUGCCGUGCGCUCGGGCAGCGCGUUUACAAAAGAAACAUGCGCGCGGGCCCUCGGCAAUCUCUUGCUCGACUCGACCAUGGCGCCCAUUCUCAAAGAAGGACUGGUCAAGCUUCUGCCUGCCAUCACCAAGCUCGAUCCGUCCGACGCAUCCCCCAUACCAGCCACGAUUUAUGCCAAGCUGCUGCGCUCGGAAGACGCUCGCAGCACCCUCUGCCACGAGACACAGUCGCUGCGCACGCUCGUCAUGUACAUGCAGCUCGAUCACCCGCUGGAUGCGACGACGGCGCUCCUGGCUUCGAUCGCGUGCGAGCUGGCGCUACACGCCAACACACGCAUGGCCGCGGUGCGGGAAGGCCUCAUUGACGCGAUCGUCUAUCUCUCGGAGAAGACAUCGCACCGCAUGGGCCGCCUCGUCUCGGCGCUCCUGCUGCUCGCACUGCACGACGACACGCGCGAGUAUGUGAGCGACGCCAAGUGCAUCACAGUCUUGCUAGCGUACCUUGAAGCACCGGAUCCGGUGACCAUCGAGCUCGCGGUCUCGGUGCUCUGCCACGUCUUGUGGCACGACAGCACGCGGCAGAAUGUCGACGUGCUCCACGUGUCCCAGGCACUCAUCGCCAUUGUGCCCCAGUACGCGUCCAACCAAGCGAUACUCGACGUGAUGCUUCUCGGUCUCUGCUGCCUCUCGUUUGACGAGUCGCACGCGGCCGUGAUGAUUCAGCACGGUAUCUUUGAUGCGCUGCUCACGUGUCAUGACGACGACCAUACAAUCAACCGCGCGCUCAUGUGCAUUCUUGUCCGGCAGCUCAGUCGCACCAAAGACUUUGCGCAGCACGUGCUCUCGAGUCCGAUGAUCAUCGAGCUCGUCUCGAAGCUCGCUUGCAGUCUCGAACACAAGGGCGACGAAGCCGCCGCGCUCGACUGCGCCGACGUGCUCUGUUCCAUGAGCUACAUCGAGUCGCUGCCGCGCCGCAUGGUCGUCAAGGAUGUGAUUCGGUCGCUUCAAGUACUCUUGACCAACGCCACGCUUGAAACCAAGUGGCGCUGUGCCGCGUGUUUGUGCAUGCUAUCGGCCGAGGUGUCGGUGCGCCAAGCCAUGGUACAGCUUGGCUGCACGCGCCUUCUCGUUCAAGUCGCCAUGAGCAAAGCACAGUACGACAUUUACCACUGCUGUGCCAUGGCGCUUGGGCACCUCUCCAACGACAUGGCCAACACGCACCAAAUGGUGGUCGAGCAGGCCGUGCCCGCGCUCUUGCACUUGGCCAAAAUCGACAACGACGUCACACGGGAUGCGUGCUCGUUGGCGCUCGCCAACCUCUCGCGCGAGUCGCCCAAAGUCGCGUCUGGCGCCGUCCUCGCCCUCAUUAACCUCUCGAUGGUCGGGAAAGAGGCCCGGGGAACGAACCCGACGCCGCCGAUCGUCCGGCCGCCAACGAUUACGCACGAGCAUCAGAAGACGCGGACACGCCCGCCACAAUACAAGUACCCGCUCGACGACUACACGGAGCUUUGUAGCGCCAAGUUUGUGGCGGAAAUCCCGGACCGACAACCGCCGAUUCCGCAUUUACCGGUGAUCGCUGUCGAUAUGGUGCAUCUCGGGUCCGACGCCAGCGGCAACGUGGACGUCGAAGAGAUGCCGCAAGGCAAUUGGAUGCAGUUUUCUAAAGUCGAGCCCAUGGACGCCACAUGUCAUGUCGAUUUGGUCGAAGUCGACGACGACGUCGUCGACGAUACGAGUGGGCAUCCCGAAGUCGAACCCGCGCCGUCGACAAAAGUCGACUUGGACAAAGUCGACGAAGAACCCGACAUGGUUGUGAGCCCUGCGCCAUUGCUGCGAAAGCGGUCGCAACGCGAGAAGCGGCCACCGGCGCGGCUCGGGAAGGAGUUGACGACCAAAUCGCUCGUCACGUGUGCGAGCGAAGGAACGUUCUCGGUGGCUGCGAUUGCGUCAAUCAAGGAAAAGCCGGCUCAAAUCAAGAAACGACACAUGUCGCUCAAGACGCUCGUGCCACUCAAAGCCGUUGAAAGUACCAUCCCAGUCGACGGCCUCAAAGAGCAGGCGCGCAAGCUUGGGCUCUGGAGCUAGAGCAUGUUAGUAUUAUUUAGACUAGGACGACAACUACGCCAUGUCUUGUUCUCGGA